UCUUACAGAAUUGAAUAAUCCUGAAGGAGUCGUUGCCGAUCAGUUGGGUACUGUCUAUGUUGCUGAUUCAGGAAAUGAUCGAAUUAUGCGUUGGCCAAAAGGAGCCAAACAAGGAAGUGUGAUUGCUGGUGGAAAUGGUCAAGGACGACAAUCAAAUCAAUUAUUUUAUCCCCAUGGGUUAUCAUUUGAUCGACAAGGCAAUAUCUAUGUUGUCGAUCACUUCAAUCAUCGAGUGCAAAAAUUUGAUAUCGAACAAACAACAAAUUAA